AUGGCAGGCAACGACCCUCACCGUGGUGGCACUCUAUCCGAAAUGGCCCCAACAGGCACCACCAUGCCCAACGACGCCGGCCUCCAGAACACAAUCCCGUCAAAGGCACGCCGAGAUCAGCAAGAGGAAGACCAUCGAUUCGACUACGACGGCAUUGCGCAGCCCUCAGUGGCUGCGGCAGCGGACAAUUCUACCGACAUGCCGCGCAGUACUCGCGAUGUAGGCCAGUCCGGUGAGGUGAUGACGGGCAUUGGAGAUUCCUUACCGGCUGAGAUCGAGACCAAGAAUAUGCAUUUCCAGGCCAAUGAUCCGGGUGCAAAGGGCCGGGUGCGCACGUUCAAGCAUGCUGCAAAGACUACCGGUGCGUUUGACAGGCUGGCUGGGGAGGAUCCUGAGGGGACACAGGCUGUUGCAGAACCUGAGCAGAGAGCUUGA